CAGAGAAGAGAAAAUCGCCCUCCCUCCAAAGCUCUGUUUGGUUUGUCUCUCUGUUGUUCCUCGCCCCCCCGCCUAUCACUUUCUUCUCUCUUGUUAACGUCUAGCAUACAGCCAAACAACACCCAGAUUAGAAAUAUAAAGAGAAAGUAAUUCAGAAAAGGAAGUGAUCAAGUGAAGAAGAGAAUGCCGGCGAGCUUAGAGCCGUUGGAUAUGGCGGGGAUUCAGAUCCCUUACUAUUUCCGGUGUCCCAUCUCGCUGGAGCUCAUGCGGGAUCCGGUGACCGUUUGUACCGGCCAGACGUACGACAGGGAAAGCAUUGAAUCGUGGGUGGCAACCGGGAACACGACGUGCCCCGUCACGCGUGCGCCGCUGAAGGAGUUUAGUCUCAUACCGAACCACACUCUCCGGCGGCUCAUUCAGGAUUGGUGCGUCGCGAACCGGGCUUUUGGCGUGGAGCGGAUUCCUACGCCGAAGCAGCCGGCCGAGCCGGGAUUGGUCCAGUCCUUGUUGGGCCAGGCCUUGUCCGGGUCCGGUAAUUUGAAGUCCAGAAUUUCUGCCCUGAGGAGACUCAGGGGACUCGCUCGCGACUCGGACAACAACCGCGCCGUUAUUUCCGCGAAUAACGCGCCGGAAGUUUUGCUUGCGAUCGUGUUCUCGAACAUGGAUGUGAGCUCGUCCGAGUUAACUCACGAGGCGCUCUGCAUUCUCUCGAUGUUCCAGCUCUCCGAGGCCGAGUCCCUCUUCGUCGCUUCCGAUCCAGACCGAGUUCGUUUCCUAGUGUCCAUGCUCUCUCACGCUUCAAUCGACGUCCGAGUUAACUCAGCUGCGGUGAUAGAGUCCGUCCUUUCCGGAACGAAAUCGCCGGAGCUACGAUCUCAGAUCGGGAACGUCAACGAGAUCUUCACAGGAAUAGUCGGAAUUAUAAAUUCUCCUCCGGCGCAUCCGAGAGCGUUGAAAGUCGGAAUCAAGGCCUUGUUCUCCCUGUGUUUGGCCAAACAGCACCGGGAAAAAGCGAUUACAGCCGGAGCCACGGAGGCGUUGAUCAACAGCUUCCAGUAUCUCGAGAAGUACGACGCCGAGAGAGCUCUGGCCACCGUGGAGCUUCUCUGCCGGAUUCCGUCGGGAAGCGCGGCGUUCUCAGCCAGCACGUUGACGGUCCCGAUCCUCGUGAAGAUAAUCCUGAAAAUAUCCGAGCGAGCGACGGAGUACGCGGCGGGAGCCUUGCUCUCCCUGUGCUCCACCUCCGAUCAAGCGCUCCGAGACGCCGUGGACGCCGGCGUGUUGACGCAGUUGCUGCUUCUCGUCCAGAGCGGAUGCACGGAGCGAGCUAAACGGAAAGCCCAAACGCUGUUGAAACUGCUUCGCGAUUGUUGGCCACUUCGGGAUAAUGUCUCUGCGAAUAAUUCGGAUGAUUUUGUUUACUGCAACGUCGUCGUUUAGCCAUAGAUCUCUUGUUUUUUUUUUGGGUCUUUUUAUACUCAAUUUCAAUGUAAGAAUUCCAAAAUUAAGGUCAACAAAAAAAGGAAGCAAUU